UUGUUGUCGCCCGGCUCUCCCCCCACCCUCCUAUUGGACCGCCUCCCCUCCCAUCUGUCUACACCGUUUGUGGCGAAACUCUUUUUGUUUUAAUUUUGUUUUUUUAAUGUUGUUCUUGAAAUUUAAAGAAAACACCCUUUUCUUAAAGAUCUCUCGUGAGAUUUGACGGUGUAAUUAACGUGGGCUAAACUAGCGGUUCAGUUUCAUUUGAUACGCUAAACGAGCGCAAAAAAGAAAACGGACCGGACGGAUCUUUUUUUUUAAAUAGUUCCAGCAUCUUUUUACGGAGUUGAGUGGACAAGAGAUAAGUAGAAGAGUGUGUGUGUGCGUCUGAGUUUUAGUUUAAAAAAAAAGAAAAGGAAAGGGUAAUAACAAUAAUUAAAAGACAUGGAUGGCCGAUUGUGGAUGUUGGUCGUCUUCGUGAUGGUGGCAGUGUUUCCAGCGGCAACAACCGCUUUGCGAUGUGUCAACUGUAAAGGUUGUUCCAAAUUCGAAGACAGCCAAGCAGUGACAUGUCCAUCAUCAGCCGACAGAUGUCUAAAAUUGCACCUGCCUUCCGGCCUGAUCAACCGCGAGUGCGGCGACGAAAAAACCUGCGUUGACAAAAGCAACGAUCGGGAUCGCUUCCUGGCCGUCCAUUGCUGCGAUACCAACGUUUGCAACGGUGGCUCACGCUGGACAUCAUCAGGAUCCUGCCUAGCCCUUCUUCCCUUGUUGGCGACAGCCUUCCGUUCCUUUUUCCACUAUUGAUUCAUUUGCUCCUUUCGCUUCCUGCUUUCACACGCGUCCCAUUUCGUUCGUUUUAAUGUUUUUUUUUUGUUUUUCUUCUAAUACACGUAGCCCUUUCUUGAUUAGUCUGCCUCUAUUUAUGGGUGUUUGUGUGUAUAUGCGAUGAAUACACGAAGCUUGUUCCUGCCCAGUAACGAAACGCCAACUGGACAUUUCAUUCCUCUUGAUGCUGCGACUAGACGCCAAUAAGAAUCUGAGAUAGAACCCCCUACUCAUUUUCCAAUAUUUUCCCAAUGUUGGUCAAUACAAGACUUGCUUGUGGUAU